AUGAACCGACUGUUGAGAGUUAUUCCCCGGGCCCGACUGCUCCACACCACCCCUCGCCUCUAUCAGGCCAGCAACUUUGCCAUGCCAGCCAUGAGUCCCACCAUGACCGAGGGAGGCAUUGUGUCGUGGAAGGUCAAGGAGGGCGACGAGUUUUCAGCUGGUGAUGUCAUCCUUGAGAUCGAAACCGACAAGGCCCAGAUCGACGUCGAGGCUGCUGACGAUGGAGUCAUGGCCAAGAUCUACAAGAAGGACGGUGACAAGGACAUUCAGGUCGGAGACACCAUUGCUGUGAUUGCUGAGCCCGGAGAUGACAUCAAAACCAUUGAUAUUCCUGCUCCUGUCGAGUCGGACGGCAAGCCUGCUCCCAAGGAGGAGGCCAAGGAGGAGGUCAAGGAGGCCCCUAAGGAGGAGGCUAAGGCCCCUGCCCCUAAGGCUCCUUCUACCCCCAAGGAGGCUCCCAAGACCGAAUCGUCUUCUGCUCCCUCAUCAUCCGGCUACUCUGCCCCCGCUAACCCCGCACAGACCCUUCUCCCUUCGGUGUCCUCGCUUCUUGUGGCCAAUGGCAUCUCCAAGGAGGACGCCUUUGCCAAGAUCAAGGCCACCGGUCCCCACGGCCGGCUUCUCAAGGGCGACAUUCUCGCCUACCUCGGAAAGGUCCCUGAGGGCUCUCCUGGCGCUGUUGCCGACGAGAUUAACAAGCGAUCCCAUCUCGACUUGUCCAACAUCAAGCCCGCCAAGAAGAGCGAUGCUGCUGCUCCCACUGGGGCUGCCAAGGCUGGAGAUGCUGCUGCUCCUGCUACCAAGGCUGCUCCCGAGCCUGUCAUCUUCACCUCGUUCCUCGAUGUGGCCCACUUUGAGCCCGAGGACCAGCUCGAGCUGCAGCGAAUCGUCAAGCAGGCCAUCAAGCUGGCCAAAUACGACGCCGUGGAGCUCGCAAAGCCCCGCCGAUCCGCCAACGUGGACCCCGACUUUGAGGCUAUCAUCGGCCCCGCCAAGGGCACCAAGUUCUACGACGUGAACGUCAUCUACCCCAAGUCCACAAAGCGGGCUCUCUCCAAUGGGGCCGACCUGUAUGACAUUCUGUCGGACCGAAAGCCCCGAAAGGCUGCUGUCCAGGUGCCUUCCAACACUGUGCAGGUCGAUGUAACAGUCAACGACAAGGUCCCCGGUGCCGAGAAGCGAGCCAAGCUUUUCUUGAACAGACUGGAGUAUCAUUUGACUGUGGAGGAGUAG